AUGGCUUUCAGGCCACUGGAUGUGUGGAACCGUUGGGCCAUCCAGAUCCUGCUGCUGUUGAGCCUCGGCAUGCACGUCCUCCUCCUACCCCUCGCCGGAAUCCGUCGGCGUCGAGCCCCAAUGCUGCUUCGUGUCCCUCUGUGGCUGGCGUACCACCUGGCCGACACCAUCGGGAUCUAUGCGAUCGGGAUCCUCUCCCUGAGCAGCGCGCCGCGCGAGCACCGGCUGAUGCCGUUCUGGGCGCCCUUCCUCCAGCUGCACCGCGGCGGCCCCGACAGCAUCGGCGCCUACGCGUUCCACGACAACCAGCUCUGUCUGCGCCACCUGCAGCUCUUCGUCGUCAAGGUCCUGGCAGUCACCUACGUCCUCUACAUACUUCUCCCUAGAGGCGACACCUUCCUUGCGCUGGCCGCUCUGCUGAUGUGGGCCGUCGGCGUCGCCAAGUACGGGGAGAAGGUGGCGGCGAUCAGGGGCGGUAACAAGAACAGCAUCCGGAGCUCGCUCACGAAGAAACCUGCCGCCGCCAGGCACCACCACGUCCACCACUGGGACCACGGCGUGCCGAACAUGGGAGAAGCCCACCUGCGGCACGCGCACCACAUGUUCCACUUCUGCAAGCGCGCCACCGUGGACUCCUCCUGGCUGGAGAAAGACCCCGAGCACAGCACCCUGGAGAUGCUCAGGGCGCUCAGGAAGCAGGACGCCAGGGGCAUCUGGGCGUUCGCGGAGCUGCAGCUCUCCCUGCUGUACGACGUCCUCUACACCAAGGCCGCCGUGAUCCACACCUGGCCGGGAUACCUCCUCCGCCUCGCCUCGUCUCUCGCCAUCGCCGCCGCGUUCCUGCUGUUCCAUUUCAGCGGCAGAGACGACGACGACGUGGUCGACGUGGUCGUCACCUACGUCUUGCUGGCAGGGGCCUUGGCAAUGGAGAUGGCGUCGGUGCUGAACGCGCUGGGCUCCUCGUGGACCUACGCCUUCCUGUGUACCACGCGGUGGAGCUGGCUCCGGUACGCCGCGCUGUGCACCGGAAGAUGGGAUCGGCUUCGUCAGCUUGUGAAGACAAUACAGGGAAGAUCUAUCAGUGUUAGGAGGUGGUCAGGCGAGAUGGGGCAGUAUAACAUGCUGCACUUCUGCAGCCGUCACAGAAGGGCUCACAGGCCUCUUGCAGGAAGAAUGGCCAUGGCGCUGGGAUUCGAGUACUGGUGGAACCAGAAGCAUUACUCGGCCACAGCUGACAUCUCCGACGAGCUGAGGCAGGGGCUGUUCCGGUACGUGCAGAGGCUGACCGAGACGGGGCUGAACUCGCAGGGCGUGAUCAGGAAGAGCUGGGAUCAGGAGGCGCUUGAGAGAGAGGACAAGGGUUUGUAUGAACGCAUCAAACGAGACAGGAACCUCGGUGUGGAGUUCCAAGAGGGCGUCAUCAUCUGGCACAUCGGCACCGACAUCUUCCUCGCCAGAUCCGGAAGCGGCAUAGAAGAAGCAGCUGCUGCUGGUGACGACGAUGCAGCAGCUGACCUCCUGCUGGUGGUGAGGUCCAUCAGGACCCUGUCCAACUACAUGAUGUUCCUGCUCGUGAACCACCCAAACAUGCUGCCUGGCCUUGCUCAGGGCAUGGAUGGCCCUGCUAGUGUCCCUGAACAACAACUGAGCCAUGUACAUGAGCUUGCCAACAAGGUGUAUGAGGAGAUGCCUAAAUACAGCCAGAGUGUCCCUCGCCUCUGCUACGCCAAUGGAGUCGCGGUAGAGCUGCUCGGCAGAGUGAAGGAGAAAGGAGUCGAGGCCGUCUUGAGAUUGCUCCUUGACGUGUGGAUGGAUUUCGUGGUGUAUGAGGCCAAUCGGUGCAGCCGGGAGUCCCACGCCAAGAAGCUCAGCAGUGGCGGCGGGUUGAUGAGCGUUGUCUGGAUUAUGACAGACUUCCUUAACCAAGAAGCUUAUGCACGACAGAAAGAUUGA